AUGGAAGGUGUUGCAAAUUUGCGAGUAUUUUAUAACGGUGAGGUUAUACCAAACACACAUGAAGGAGUGACUUUUGUUUGUGAAUGUCCAUUGUCAUUUACUAUUCCAUGUACCAUGAGUUUUGUCGAGUUGCAAAAUGGUCUUUGUAAUAACAUUCAAAGCCACAUUUUAAAAAGGGUGAGCAAUCUUUUAUACAGAAGUCCUAUGCAAGUAUUUGGUGGGCUAAUACAGUUUCAAAUAAUACCCGUCACUGACGAUGUCAGUAUGCAGCAGAUGUUGUAUAUUUAUCAACAAACCCAAUCUCACGUGCCAAUGAUAAAGCUGUACGUUGAGUUUGAACAGCAGUCGGGGAUGGGUACGGUCGGCGACGAGUUCAAUGUUGAUGAGCUCAGGGAUAUAGAUUGGGAAGAAAAUAAUAAUGACAGUGAAGAGAAAUUCGAAGCUAAUUAUGAAGUCGAUGAUGAAAACGAUGAUGGAGACUUGGCAGGCAAUUCGACUGUGCAAAGUGAAGCGAAUGCGAUUUGCUUAUUUUAUUUGUCUUGUUUGAAUGAUGGUGGUGCGCAUGUCGUAGGUGACGGCAACGUUGUAGUGGAAGAUGGCGAGUUUAGUGUCGGAAUGGAAUUUGGUUCGAGAGAGUCGGUGAUAUCUGCAAUCAAAAGCUACACCAUCUCUAGAGGAAUUGAUUACACUGUGUAUGAGUUUGAUCCGCAGACAUUCUAUGCGAAAUGCAAGGGGUAUGGUGCAGGGUGUGACUGGCUUAUCCAAGCUAGCUUGAUUCGAAAAAAAGCUUGUUGGGAGAUCAGGAGAUACAAUGGCAAGUACACGUGCACCAUAGGCACGAUUUCACAAGAUCAUGCCAAGUUGGACUCAGACACAAUUGUAGAUGUCAUUAGGCCGUUGGUCAAAGCAGACCCCUCGAUAAAGGUGAAGUCUGUUAUUGCAAAAGUUCAAUCCAGGUUCAACUACACUGUGAGUUACCGCAAGACUUGGUUGGCAAAGCAGAAAGCUGUCGCAAAGGUUUUCGGUGAUUGGGAAGUUUCUUACCAGACUCUGCCAGUAUGGUUGAAAGCAAUGACGGUGAAAAUGCCAAGGUCUCGUGUUCAAAUUAAAAUGCUCCCCUUUACCGGGAGAGUUGAUGGCACGCACCUGCAUGGAAAAUAUAAAGGUGCAUUUUUGGUAGCGGUUGCACAAGAUGGGAAUCAAAACAUUAUGCCUAUUGCAUUUGCGAUAGUCGAGGGCGAGACGGCAGACGCAUGGGAGUUUUUUCUAACCAAUUUGCGGAGAUAUGUUGUUAUCAUUGAUGGUGUGGGUAUUAUUUCUGACCGUCAUACCUCCAUCGACGCUGCAAUAGCUCGCAGUAACGGUGCAUGGUCACCACCAAGGGUGUGGCACAUGUACUGCAUCAAGCACAUCGGGUCAAACUUCUUGAGGAGGUUCAAGGCUUCAUAUUUGCAUAAACUCGUGGUGAACACAGGACGGAACAGGAGUACAACAAAAACUACCAAAGGCUUAAAGAGUGGGGGUGAGGCAUAUACUCAAUGGUGCAAUGACAUCGGUGUUGAGAGAUGGGUGUUGGCAUUCGAUGGUAGUCAUCGUUGGGACAUAUGA